AUGGCAUCUAGAGAUAAACAAUCACAAUAUGUCGAUGGUCGACGUACCUGUCCCCGGUACAGUGGACCAGCUUCCAGCAAUGGUGACUAUGCUUAUGCAUAUUAUGAGCAUGGUCCUCAUGGGUCUAAACCACAUGCGUGUUCCAAACAUAGUUAUAUCAACCGAUAUGGACGUGAAGAGAACAUAUAUGAAGAGAUUGGAACAUCCAAACUUGAUGAGGAAGUUAGAUAUGUCCAUUCGAAACAUUUACAGGUUUUGGAUGAAUUAAAUUUAUCAAUGGAAGCAAUGAUAAUGCCUGACAAUGGUGCAUGUUUGAACAAUAAUGGUUCAUCUGGCCUCAAUUUAGGAACUUCAAGAGAUGGUUCACCUGUGAAUUUGAGUGUAGAUAGUGGGGUUGCUUGUGAUGCUAGCAGUUGUGGCACAAAUAGCCUAAGCCGGCCUCGUAAAUCUCAUUUUAGCACAAAACGGUUUUGGAAUAAAAUGCCUACUUUAAUUUCACCCAGUCCAAGUAAAACAUCACUUCCAGAUGAGUCAGUGCGAUGGCGACAAAAUUCAUGGGAUGAAGUAACACAGUCAACCACUAUUAAUGAGCGGCACACUCCUUCACAAAAAAGUUCAAGUUCUGACAGAGAUCCAGAACUUUCAUCUGAAGAAGAAAGUAACAAGAGUUAUGAAACGAGAAACAAUGUUUCUAAAACAUUGAGAUGGACAAAGAACCCUCCAGAUCCAGAUCCACCUUCUAGUCCUGGCUUAUUAUCAAGAUGGUUUUCAUUAAGAAGAUGCUCACAAUAUGAUCUAGAUGUUCGGCCAAAUAGCAAAAUGCCUUUAUUACCAGAGGUUGAAGAAGACUGUUUUUCUAGGCGACUUAUUCCACCAAGUCUUCCACCUGCACCUCCUGAUAUUUCUGAACAAGAACUAAGACGUAGAUAUAUUGUUGAUGAUAUAGUGAGAAGUGAAAAUUCGUACUUAGCUACUCUUCAUAGACUUGUGAAUGAUUACAAAAAGCCUCUAGAACAAAGUAUGCCAUCAAUUUUAAGUCAGUCAAAAAUUUCAAUACUAUUUCAUCGAGUUCCAGAGAUACUUCAGUGCCAUACUCUUUUUAGAAUAGCGUUAGCUGAAGCUGUUGCAAAUUGGGAUCGUGAUCAUAGAAUUGGUGAUGUUUUUGUCGGAUCUUUUAGUAAAGCAAUUGUAUUGGAUAUAUACAGUGGGUUUAUUAACAAUUUUUUAAACGCUAUGGAAUUGGCAAAAACUGAAACCAAAAGAAAAGCAUCUCUCGCCGAGUUUUUUAAAAAUCGACAAGAGGCAUCCCAUGACCGUCUUUCAUUUUAUAGCUUAAUGGUUAAACCUGUACAACGAUUUCCACAGUUCAUUCUUUUCCUCCAGGAUUUAUUACAUAAUACAGGUUAUGGUCAUCCCGAUAGAAUGUCUUUACAAUUAGCAUUAACUCAAUUGGAAUCAUUAGCAGAAAUGCUCAAUGAGAGGAAACGUGAGAGUGAGCAAGCUCAAGCAUUCAAAGAAAUGUUAAAAUCCGUGUCUAGUAAGUUAGCAGUUCGUCCAAUAGCAGACAGCAACAGAUGUCUUCUAAGACAAGAUGACGUUACUCAAAUAGAAAUUAAUCAUGGAGAGGUCAUUGGAAAAUGUAAACCUCGACGUUUGUUAUUACUAAAUGAUUUGCUUGUAUGUGUCUCUGUAAAUAACAAAGACGAUUCCAAUAGCACAUCACAAAAAAGAUUAACGUUCAAAUGGAGUUUUCCAAUUGCUGAAAUUCAAGUGAUUGACACAUUGUCAUUGCCUAGUGUUUCACGUACAAUCGCUGGUAGUGCAGCAUCACAUAAUAGUAUUACAACAGACAAUUUAUGUAAUGAAAUGAACCAUCUAAUGCAUGAUUAUCAAGUAAUCAGUCGUAUUGUGGAAUUAGCAUCAACAUUAAAAGGCACAUAUUUGGAUCUUGCUCCAGAUCAUUUAAAAGGAGUCUUAAAUGCAAUACAGUGUGAAGUGCAAUACAAAGGAGAUCAGGUAGCAUGGAUGGAUUCCUGUUGUCUCCAGUUAUUUAUAAACCGUCAAGGAUACACUUUUCAAAUGGAAAAUCCUGAUUUACGUAAAGGGUGGAUCACUGAAUUAAGGCUUGCACGCUUGGCUCUCGAUCCAAAUAAUUCUCCAGCUUGGGAAGUUCCUGACCAGGAGUUGAUGCGCCCAAUGACAAAAAUGCCUCUAUUCGUAGGUGCUCAUCCCAUAACUUCGUCUAGCAAACAAGCAGAGGUGACUUGUGGAUGUUUUUAUUCUUCUGGCUGUGGUAAAUUUUCUUAUUUGUGGGUGUGCACUACAAAUAUUCCGAUGAAUACACAUAUAGCCAUAAUGUCUGUUAAUAAUACUUGCAUUCUAAAACAAAUUACAACAUUAGACUUGCCACAAACCAUUGUAACUGCUAUAGAGUAUGUUAGAGCCUCUGAUACAGUUUGGAUGGGUACAAAUCAUAAAAGUAUUUUGAUUUUUAAUACUGCUGACAUGUCAGAAGAAGCAAGUAUUUCAUUACCAGGUGAAGACGAGAGUCUCAGGGUCACAGCAAUCAAACACCAUUGUGAUACUGUGUUUGUAGCUUUAUCAAAUGGCUCAUUGCUUCUUUAUAGAAGAGGUAACCAAUCCAAAGAACCAGAGAUUGUAGUUUUGGGUCCUGAUGCACCUAUAACAUGUAUAUUACCUAUUAAUUUAUCAUUAUACGUGGCAUGUGGAAAACAAGUGUUUGUUAUGAGUGCCAUCACCGGAGAACUUCAAAAAAAUUUUACCAUUCAUCACGGAAAAAAUGUCAAUCUUUUGGCUCAUUCUGGUGUUGGACUUUGGCUUUCGUUAAUGAAUUCAACAACUGUUUGUUUGUACCACACUGAAACAUUCAAACAUUUACAGGACAUUAAUAUUGCAUCAAAUGUUAUAAGAUUAAAAGGCACUGCUACACCAGUUAAUGUUACUGCACUUAUGGCCUGUAAAGGUCUUCUGUGGGUUGGAACUGAUGCUGGUAUUAGCUUAACAGUUCCAUUGCCUCGUUUAGAAGGUGUACCUAUAAUCAGUGGCAAAGUAAAUGUUUCUUAUCAUGGGCAUACCGGUCCGAUAUCUAUUUUGGUGCCAUUACAAGACCCACCUACGGUUCUGAAACGCCCACCUUCAAAAACAUUAGCUAGUGAUAUUUAUGAUCUGUACGGUCGGUUAAUGUGUGUCAAAGACUACGAUAAAAAUGAAGACGCUUUAAAUUCAAGUCGAUGGUCUUUGCGAUCAACUGAUGAAUCAUCAGCAGUACAACAUGCCAGAUCGUCAGAUGUGUCAAAAAAAGAUUUCACUUUAGUGACAGUGUCUUGUGGACGUGGUUAUGUCAAUUAUCAGCAACCGUGUUGUUCAACCAUUGAAAAUAAUGCCUACAUAAUACUUUGGGAGAUUAAAUUAUAA